UAUAAAUCUUUGAUCCGAGCCGCGAAAUGGUUCUCUAUCUGUAUCUCUGUGCACAUUAUUUUUCUUGCAUGGUUUUUGAAAACCAAUUCCUUGAUCAAAUAUUCAAAAAAAAAAAAAAAAAAAAAAAUCUUGAUCGAUAGCAUCAAUGGGCUUGCCUAGAUUUGGGCGUCCGAAGGGGGUGGGAGGCUCACAGUUGAGCCCCAACCUUUACGUUGCCAACUGCGGCCCGGCGGUGGGAAUCUCUUACGAAACAAUUGCUCUGGUUUUCGGGGCGUUUGGGGAGGUCAGUGGAGUUCAUGCGGCUGAUGAGAGCGGCGCUCGUGUCGUUGUGUCUUUUGCUGAAGAGGGUAGUGCUCGGGCAGCCAUGGAAGCCUUGGAUGGCCGUCCAUGUCAGGACCUUGGAGGUCGUUCUUUGCACAUUCGUUAUUCAGUUCUUCGGCCACCCACUUCCCUGGGACCGGUGAAUGACUCUGUUUCAGUAUCUUUAAUGGCUUCGGAGCUGAACAUUCCUGGCCUUUACUUGCUGCAUGACUUUGUCAGUUGUAAAGAAGAGAAGGAUUUGCUUGCAGCGGUUGAUGAAAGGCCUUGGAAAAAUCUUUCAAAGAGAAGGGUUCAGCAUUAUGGAUAUGAGUUUUGUUAUGAAACAAGGAAUGUUGAUUCAAAACAGCACUUAGGUGAGCUUCCAUCAUUUGUUUCUCCUGUUCUUGAAAAAAUCUCAAUGUUCCCAAGUCUUGGUGAUGCUGCAAACAAAGUUUUGAACCAACUAACGGUUAAUGAAUAUCCACCUGGAGUGGGCUUGUCCCCACAUAUAGACACCCAUUCUGCUUUUGAGGGAUUAAUUUUCAGCCUUUCAUUAGCAGGGCCAUGCAUCAUGGAGUUCAGGAGAUAUGUAGAACGUGGUUGGCUUCCUAAAGCUUCCUCAAGUACUGAUAUGAAUAUCGAAAAUCCCGAAAGGAACUCAAAUUUCUUGAGAAGGGCAGUCUAUCUUCCCCCUCGGUCUAUGCUAUUAUUAUCUGGAGAGGCUCGCUAUGCAUGGCAUCACUACAUUCCACAUCAUAAGAUUGACAUGGUAAAGGACAGAAUGAUAAGAAGAGGUUCAAGGAGGGUGUCUUUCACGUUCCGAGAGAUCCUCGAACUAAUUCACUAGGCAACGCUUGCUGUGCACUCUUUCAGGUAAGAACAACUCCUUGCCAAUGUGACUUUCCCCAAUAUUGCGAUUCUCAGAGAUAAGAGAAAGGGUUUUGUAGUAAUGCAAUAUGCAUGCUUUUACUAUUUGGUGAAUGUAAAGCAUUAAGCAUGAGAUGGACUUCAUUUUUCCAAUUGUCAAGUAGAUGAUUCAGCCGUAGGAGGUCAAGGUACGGAACUAGCCAACCCAAUAAGAGGUAAAAGAAAAAUGGACAUAAGAGUAUGGAGCAUUUGACUUCAUAGGACUAAACAUCAGGGGCUUUAUAGAUGGCAAUUCAUUUUGGGAAUAGUUAGAGAUGGAAAGGAGAGUAUGGGCAUCAGAAUUUCUGGGGGGUCAUAGGUGGAUCCACCUUCUAUUUGUUUAUUUAUUUUUCAUAUUUUAUAUUAAAUUUUUAUUGAUUAUAACUCUGUCAUUUCGAAAUAUCACGCAAUGCAUAGCAUAGCAAAACCUUUUAGAUGCCUUGGUUUAAAAAUGGAGAGAAGAAACCAACCGUAAGUGUUGUAAUUUUUAAUAUAUGGUACAUAAUGCUAACGAAAAGCAGAGAACGGAAAUGGAUGUUUACUCAGUUUCUCUAUUGGAGUACUUGAAACUUUGCUCCAUGGAUUUGAGAUUGAGUUCGCAAGUGGCAACAUUUUCUCAUUGCUCUUUAAUAUCUAGUUUGUUGUCUUUCUGCAUUGCUGUGCUUAUAACUGCAAGUCCAGCCCGCACAAAGGCUUGCGGUCCUGCAAAUCUAGCCUGCCUAUAUUGGAGCCGGCCUGCUAGAGCCACCUCCUUUCUGGACGAGCCGGCUCAUGACCGUAGUCGGCCUACAAUCGUCAGUAGACCCUGCUGGACUUAGUCUGGAGGCCCGAAAGCGUAAAAGCCCAAAUUCCUAUCUGUGGCCCCAAUGGAGGCUUCCUUAAAUCACCAAAAGUAGUAAUAUAUUGUAUUCAAAAAAAUAAAAAAAUAAAAAAAUGAAAAAUAAAAAAACGGUACCUUUCUUUUUUC